GUUGAAGGAAAUAUGUGGUUCCUUAUAUAUUUCAAGUCUGUGUUUGAAAUUUAAAGAUCUAACUUCGAUUUGUAUGCACAUCAAACAGUUUGGGGGUCAUGUGGAGAGAGGGAGCGUUAUUGGUGGUCCUGCUGCUGCUGCUCCUCCUAGUCCAGCAAAAUUGUGCUACCAAGGAUGAGCAAGAGCAUGGUUGCCCUCCUUCUUCCUGUGGCAAAAUCACCAGCAUAACUUAUCCAUUUCGAUUAAAAGGUGACCCAAAAAGCUGCGGCCACAACAGGUACGAGCUAGCUUGUGAAAAUAAUGUUACAGUGUUAUAUUUGUACUCCGGGAAAUAUCAUGUACAGGCAAUCAACUACAACAACUUCACAGUCCGAGUGGUUGAUCCCGGAGUUCAACAACAAAACUACUCUUCCCUUCCACGCUAUUUCUUGUCACAAUCCAAUUUCAGUGAUUCCUAUAGUGACGCCACGGAUCCAUACCAAGCCGGUCUAAAACCAAUUAACAAUUGGGCAUGGCUCAUUUUCCAGCAUGUAGUGUUUAUGAAUUGUAGCCACCCAGUGACCUACAAUCGUAAAUAUGUGGAUACUGCUCCCUGCGUCAACUCUGACUCCAAAGGCUAUUACAUAUACUCUAUUGCUGGUGACUUAAAAGCACAUGACUUUGAAGUUGGUUGUCACGUAAAGCUGGUUGCUCUCACAUCUUGGUGGGGUUUCGACACAAACAAUCAUUCCUACACUGCCAUGCACACGGGGCUAGUCUACGGAUUCGAGAUUUCAUGGAUGCACCUCGCCUGUGAUAAUCAUUGUCGAUAUAAAUAUGGACGUUUAUAUAGAUAUGGAUAUGGAAAUGGAAAUAGAUACUGCUAUUUCGACUAUUCCAUCCAGAACCUUCGAUGCCCUCUGUGUAAUCGCCAACGUUCCCGCAUUAUAUGUGGAAUACUGGAAAUACUGCUAUUCGUUGCCGGUGCUGCCGAAAUGGUCAUUAUGUUAUUAUGGCCAUGCAAACUUUUGUUUGGGGUGCCACUGUUUAUUACACUUUUUAUACGUAAAUGGAGAAAAAGACAUAUGUCAAUAUACGAAAGUAUUGAAAAUUAUCUAGAACAAAAUAAUUUGAUGCCUAUUAGAUACUCAUACAAGGAAAUUAAGAAGAUGACCGGAGGUUUUAAAGAAAAGUUGGGUGAAGGAGGAUAUGGCUAUGUGUUCAAGGGAAAAUUGUGUAGCGGGUCUUGUGUAGCAAUAAAAAUGUUAGGUAAAUCAAAAGGAAAUGGCCAAGAUUUUAUUAGUGAAGUUGCAACCGCCGGAAGAAUACAUCAUCAAAAUGUAGUACAAUUAAUUGGAUUUUGUGUCCAGGGGUCAAAACGUGCUCUUGUCUAUGAAUUCAUGCCCAAUGGAUCUCUUGAUAAACUUAUUUUUUCCAAAGAUGGAAGUAUACAUUUAAGCUAUGACAAAAUAUAUAACAUAUCAAUUGGAGUGGCUCGUGGAAUUGCUUAUCUCCACCAUGGGUGUGAGAUGCAGAUUUUGCAUUUCGAUAUCAAGCCUCACAACAUCCUAUUAGAUGAAAACUUCACCCCAAAGGUCUCUGACUUUGGAUUAGCAAAGCUAUAUCCAAUUGAUAAUAGCAUUGUCACAAUGACAACAACAAGGGGUACAAUUGGGUAUAUGGCUCCAGAAUUAUUUUAUAAUAAUAUUGGAGGAAUAUCCCAUAAGGCUGAUGUUUAUAGCUAUGGAAUGCUUUUGAUGGAGAUGGCAAGCAAGAGGAAAAAUCUAAAUCCCCAUGCAGAGCGUUCAAGCCAACUUUUCUUUCCCUUUUGGAUUUAUAAUCAUAUUGGAGAUGAGGAAGAUAUAGAAAUGGAAGAUGUCACAGAGGAGGAAAAGAAAAUAGCAAAGAAGAUGAUCAUAGUUGCACUUUGGUGUAUACAAUUGAAACCGAAUGAUCGUCCCUCAAUGAAUAAAGUAAUCGAAAUGCUUGAAGGAGACAUUGAGAACUUGGAAAUACCUCCAAAGCCAUCUUUAUAUCCAGGUGAAAUGAUCACAAAGGAUGAAAAAAUCAACACUAACGAGAUAAUAUCAAGUGACUUCAGUAGUUCUUAUUGUUCUAUGUAAAUUAACCCCUAGCUUGGUGAAGUACACAAUUUGGCAAUGCACGAUAAAUAUUUAUUUGCAUCCCCUUAUUGUUUUGAA